AUGGCAGAAGGAAAUCAUUCCACAGUGACUUACUUCAUCCUCGCUGGGUUAACAGAGAAACCAGGGCUCCAGCUGCCCCUCUUUCUUCUCUUCCUGGGAAUCUAUGUGUUCACAGUGGUGGGGAACCUGGGCAUGAUCACCCUGAUCAGGCUCAGUUCUCACCUGCACACUCCCAUGUACCAUCUCCUCAGCAGUCUGUCCUUCAUUGACCUGUCCUAUUCCACUGUCAUUACCCCCAAAAUGCUGGUGAACUUUGUGAUAGAAAAGAACAUCAUCUCCUACCCUGAAUGCAUCAUUCAACUCUACUUCUUUUUGGUUUUUGUUAUAUCAGAGUGUCACUUGCUGGCUGCAAUGGCUUAUGACCGCUAUGUUGCCAUCUGUAACCCUUUGUUUUACCAUGUUGCCAUGUCUUCUCAAGUGUGUUGCUGGAUGGUCACUGGGGUGUACAGCAUGGGCUUGGUUGGUGCCACAGCUCACACAGUCUGCAUGCUAAGAGUGGAUUUUUGCAAGGCUGAUGUAAUAAACCAUUACUUCUGUGACCUUUUCCCACUACUGGAGCUCUCCUGCUCUAGUACUUUUAUCAAUGAGGUGGUAGUUCUGGGCUUAAGUGCAUUUAAUAUUUUUCUCCCAACCCUGACUAUACUUUCCUCCUAUAUCUUCAUUAUAGCCAGCAUCCUUCGCAUUAGCUCAGCUACAGGCAGGUCCAAAGCCUUCAGCACUUGCAGCUCCCACAUCUCAGCUGUUGCUGUGUUCUUUGGUUCUCUCACAUUUAUGUACCUGCAGCCCUCUUCAGUCAACUCUGUGGACCAAGGGAAAGUAUCAUCUGUGUUUUACACUGCUAUUGUCCCUAUGCUGAAUCCUGUAAUAUACAGCCUGAGGAAUAAGGAUGUGAACAUUGCUUUAAAAAAGUUCUUUGACAAAAGAAGAGUCCCAUUUUAUUAG